CUGGAUGCCAACCACCGUAAGAUUAUACGAAGAAGAAAACGCUUCCCCUCCGUGCGAUAUGACGACGUUUUGUUGACAAUACAUUGAUUUUGGUUCACUAUUAGCUCAAUAAGAUCAUUUUCGCAAUCACAAUUUAAAGCAAAAUAUCGUUAAAAUACUACAUUAAUAUCAUGUAGAUAGAAAGUAAAAGAUAGAGCGCACUUAGCCUACAGGCUAACGUAAACAACUUGCGCAAUAGGAGUUGAAGUCGCUGUAAAAUAACAGUUUCGUUCAUUAAAGGAGAAAUAUGUCCGAGUCUAAAGAGAAAGCUGUGUGUUUGAGGUCUGAUGUUACUACAGUCGCUGUCAGGAAUCCUGUGGAGGAGACCAAAACACCCAAGAGGAAGAUUCUGGAUGAAGAACAGUAUAUUGAGAGUUUGGAGAAGAUCAUCCAGAGGGACUUUUUCCCUGAUGUCUCCAAACUUCAAGCGCAGAAGGAUUAUCUGGAGGCGGAGGAGAACGGAGAUCUGGAGCGGAUGAGGGAGAUCGCCAUCAAAUACGGCUCUGCCAUGGCCAAAUACACACCACGCACUUAUGUGCCCCAUGUGACACCUUCAACAUUUGAGACUCCUGAUGGACGAAGUGCAUCUCCUUCAUCUUCACAGAGUAAAGGCAGAGCAGCCAAAGAGGAUGGAAAAGAUGUUGAAAAGGCAUCAGAGAAGGAUCUUCCAUCCCUGGACCGAUUUCUUUCUAAAAACACGAGUGAGGAUAACGCAUCCUUUGAGCAGAUAAUGGAGCUUGCGGAGGACAAGGACAAACUGCGGCACGCAUGGCUUUAUGAGGCUGAAAAUGAAUACAAAGAGAGACACGAGCAGAACCUGGCUCUGCCAUCCACGGAGAAACAGGCUCUGGAGUGCACCAAAGCAGGACUGGAAACAUGGCAGUACAAGGCCAAAAAUUCACUCAUGUAUUAUCCUGAAGGUGAGAAAGAUGACACUCUCUUCAAAAAGCCACGGGAGGUUCUGUACAAGAACACACGGUUUGAGGACGACCCUUUCUGUAAAGCCCUGAACAAAUCCCAGAUCCAGCAAGCUGCUGCGCUCAAUGCACAGUUUAAACAAGGCAAAGUCGGUCCAGACGGAAAAGAGCUUCUUCCUCAUGAAUCCCCCAAAGUGAACGGUUAUGGAUAUGAGGGCGCACCGUCACCCGCUCCUGGUGUUGCAGAGUCUCCUUUAAUGACGUGGGGUGAGAUUGAAAGCACCCCGUUUCGUCUGGAGGGCUCAGAUACUCCUCUUGUGGAGAGAAGCCACGGUCCAUCAUUCAAGAUUCCAGAGCCGGGCAGAAGAGAGCGUUUGGGACUGAAAAUGGCCAAUGAGGCGGCAGCGAAAAACCGAGCGAAGAAACAGGAGGCGCUGCGCAAAGUCACUGAAAACCUCGCAAGCCUCACACCGAAGGGAUUGAGCCCCGCAGCGCUGUCUCCUGCUCUCCAGCGUCUGGUGAACAGAUCGUCCAGCAAAUACACGGAUAAAGCACUGCGAGCGAGCUACACGCCGUCUCCUGCACACAGAAGCCUCGGCUCCAAAACUCCAUCCGGAGGCCUGACGACUCUCACACCCACACCCACCAAAACACGCACACCGGCCAGCCAAGACCCGGCCUCCAUCACAGACAACCUGCUGCAGCUGCCCAAGCGGAGGAAAGCCCAGGACUACUUCUGAAAACACACUGGAACAUGGCCUGUGCACUGUAUUUAUUAUUAUUUUUAAUUACGUUUAUUUUAAAACGAGUAAAUCAAUGUUUCUGAUAUGAUUUUCGUCAGUAACACUUUACAUUAAAGUAGUGUUAGUUAAUGCAUUUACUACCAUGAAGAAACAAUACAUUUAUUAUUAGUGUGUUAAUGAAAAUACAGUCGUUUAUUGUUAAUGUUAACUCGCAAUGCAUUGACUAAUGUUAACAAGCGUGAAUAUGGAUGUUAAUAAUGUAUUAGUAAAUGUUAAACUAUGAUUAAUAAAUGCUGUACAAGUAUCGUUCGUAACUAGUUCAUGAUAGUGAAUGGAUUAGCUAACAUUAACUAAUGCAAUCUUAUUGUAAAGUCUGACCAUUUUAAAACCUGCAGAUUUUUGGGUCAUUAAUGUAUUUAUUAACAUUAAUUGUGAACAACACAGCAUUUAUUAAUCAUAGUUCAACAUUUACUAAUGCAUAAUUAAAAUGCUUGUUAACAUUAGUCACUGUGAGUUGACAUGAACAACUUUAUUUCUGAUAACAAAUAAUGAAUACAUACUGUGAUAAAUGUAUUGCUUAUUGUUUGUUGUUAGUAAACGCAUUAACUAAUACAACCAUAUUUCUAUUUUAUUUUAUAUUUUUAUUUUAGCCAGCAUACACGUGUUUGAUCGUUUCAGACGUCAUCCACAUCAAGAAGGUGAAUCAUUUGAUCCACUUGAACUUUGAUUCUUGAUUCACUUUGGACUAAGAUGAUUCGGUGCUGCUGAAUAUUGAUCUUGUAAGGUCUCAGGGGCACAAUAAAGAGAACAUCUACACACA